AUGGCAAACUUACCCACAAGCCCGAACUUCGACUCCAACAAUAUAAGAAUUAUGGUUCCAUACUCUGCUCUCCUCUUCUUUGCUCGACUUGGAUAUAUGAUACGGCUGCUUGGAGGAGAGCUUGACACGUUGGGUGUUGUUAUCGUAAUUGUCACUCUUCCUCUCACUGCUGCUGCGCUAGCCAUCGCCGUCACCCUUUGCUAUAAACUCAGUAUCCAUACUAGAACUAGACGGGAGGAAGAUUGGUACCAUCUGACUUGGUUCCAAGCUGGCUGGCCAGGAGAUGGUGGCGGCGGCGGCCAUAUGUACAACCAGAACCUCAACUUGAUUGGUAACAGCCCUUUGGAUGUCAAGGAGCGAACUCUGAGGGUCCAGAUUACCACCCACGAAUUUGUUCCCAACAAUCCUGCUGCUCUCCAAGAACUCAGAUAA